AGUUCUAAAGAAAGGCUGUUUACCAGAAGAGCAUAACAAGGGCAGGUCUGACUGCAAGGCUGGGACCCGAGGCAGAGCUGCCGCCAAGUGACCCCCGUUGGACACUGGUUGUUCAAUAACCUGCAGGACGAAGAAGGGGAGGAUGCUGUUGGCCUGGGUACAUACAUUCCUUGUCAGCAACAUGCUCCUGGCAGAAGCCUAUGGAUCUGGAGACUGCUUCUGGGACAACGGCCACCUGUACCGGACGGACCAGCCCUCGCCCGCGCCGGGCCUCCGCUGCCUUAACUGGCUGGACGCGCAGAGCGGUCUGGCGUUGGCCCCCGAGUCGGGCGCCGGCAACCACAACUACUGCCGGAACCCGGACCGGGACCCGCGCGGGCCCUGGUGCUACGUCAACAGCGAGGCCGGCGCCCCUGAGAAGCGGCCUUGCGAGAACCUGAGAUGCCCAGAGACCACUUCCCAGGCCACGCCGCCAGCUUCCACCACAGAAACCCAGGAGGUGUCUGAAGGGCCAGGCGAAGAUGAGGUGCAGGUGUUCGCUCCUGCCAACGCCCUGCCCGCCCGGAGUGAGGCGGCAGCAGUGCAGCCAGUUAUUGGCAUCAGCCAGCGGGUGCGGAUGAACUCCAAGGAGAAAAAAGACCUGGGAACUCUGGGCUAUGUGCUGGGCAUUACCAUGACGGUGAUCAUCAUCGCCAUUGGAGCUGGCAUCGUCUUGGGCUACACCUACAAGAGGGGGAAGGAUUUGAAAGAGCAGCAUGAGCAGAAAGUGUGUGAGAGGGAAAUGCAGCGAAUCACCGUGCCCUUGUCUGCCUUCACCAACCCCACCUGUGAGAUCGUGGAUGAGAAGAUUGUCGUGGUCCACACCAGCCAGACUCCAGUCGACCUUCAGGAGGGCAGCACCCCCCUUAUGGGCCAGGCUGGCACUCCCGGGGCCUGAGCUCCUGCAGUGGGCAGGAGCCCAAGCAGACACUAGUACAGGACAGCCCGCCCUCCUACAGCUAGGAGGAUCUACGUUUUGUGUUGUGGUUAAAACCCUACUCCCACUUUUUUU